AGCGGAGAGCCCAGAAGUUUGGAAAAACCAGGAAUGUGGAUCCCCCUAAGGAAAGCUGCAAGGAGGGAGCAAAGUGGACCUAAGAGAGAAGCCGAGGGAGCUACAAGCACCGGAAAUGCCACAGGGGGAGAGUCGGGCAAGCUCUGGGGCACUCAUAACUCGCCACGGAUUGCUUCAGAUGCUGGAGGGACUGUUCAGUCUCACAAAAAGGGAGCAACAGGAGGGGCUUGCAAGAUCGCCGGGAAGGGCCCAGAUCGCAUAGCCAUGAAGAGCUCCCGCCUGGUCUUUCCCAUUCUGCUGGCCUUCCUGCUGAGUAGCCGCCCUGCAGCCGCCACACGAAGCAGUGACACAGCUGAGUUCUGCUGCUUUCGCUACAGCACGAAGAUCCUGCCGUGGAGCUGGGUGCGUUCCUACGAGCUGACCAGGAGUAGUUGCUCCCAGCAGGCAGUCAUAUUCACCACCAAGAGAGGCAAGAAGGUCUGCGUGCAGCUGAGGGAGAAGUGGGCGAAGAAAUACAUUUCCCUGCUGAAAGCUCAGAAGCAGCAGUGACUGCCGAGUGUACAGUCCGAGGGCACCCAGACCCUGCGCCUGGCUCUGUUGCCUCCAUGGAGACUGCAGAGUCCUUUCUGAGGGUCCCAGCGCCCGGGUGGGGAGGAGCAUGUGUUUCCCAUCCGAGUUAUGUUUAAUAAAGAUUUCUCAUA